AUGAGUUCUAAUGAUGGAGCAGGUAACGAGUUCAAUACCUUAUUAAACAAAGAAAUCGAAACUGCGAAGGAAUUGAGGCAAAGAAGGGAUGCGAACAGAAAUAGUAGCAAGAAUGAGACCAGCACCAAAAUCAAAGAUGCCAGUGGAUUCAGAUUACGAAUCAUCGAAACCGAUGGACGAAAGAAUAGAAAGAUAGAUCCAGAAUAUGAAGUGAUGAUUGAUGGGCCCUUAAGAAAGAUCGUGCCUUAUUUCUUCACUUACAAGACGUUCUGUAAGGAAAGAUGGAGGGAUCGUAACUUACUGGAUGUGUUCGUGAGUGAAUUUAGGGACAGGGAGCCCAGUUAUUAUGCCAAAACGAUUGCAGAAGGGAAAGUGUACUUAAACGAUGAACCUGCGAAUCUGGAAACCAUCAUUCGCGAUGGUGAUUUGAUCACGCAUAAAGUACAUCGCCACGAACCACCGGUCACCUCCAAACCCAUAGAUAUUGUGUUUGAAGACAAAGACAUACUCGUCAUAGACAAGCCCAGCAGUAUCCCCGUGCAUCCAACGGGUAGAUACAGAUUUAAUACUAUUACGAAGAUGCUCGAAAAGCAGUUACAGUGUUCAGUACAUCCUUGCAAUCGCUUAGACAAGCCCACCAGCGGGCUAAUGUUUUUGGCCAAGACUCCACAAGGUGCAGAUAAAAUGGGAGAUCAACUGAAGGCCAGGGAAGUCACCAAAGAAUAUGUGGCCCGUGUGAAGGGCGAGUUCCCCGUGGGUGAGGUAGAGGUGGACAAGCCCGUUAGAUCCAUCAAUCCCAAAGUUGCACUGAAUGCUGUUUGUGAAAUGGGUGACGAGAACGCCAAGCAUGCAAAAACUGUUUUCCAUAGAGUUAGCUAUGAUGGCCAGACGAGUAUUGUAAAAUGCAAGCCGCUGACGGGUAGAACACAUCAAAUCAGAGUUCACUUGCAGUAUUUGGGAUUCCCCAUAGCUAACGAUCCGAUAUACUCGAACCUGGAUAUCUGGGGCCCGGAACUUGGUCGUGGUGGGCUCAAGAACUAUGACGAAAUUGUCCUGAAGCUGGACGCUAUUGGCAAGAACAAACCCGCAGAGAGCUGGAUCCAUCCGCACAGCAAGGGAGAAUACCUGCUGGGCCGUCAAUGUGAAGAAUGCGAGGCCGAAAUGUACACGGACCCCGGUACUAACGACCUGGACCUCUGGCUGCAUGCCUUCCGGUAUGAGUCCCUGGAGAGGGACCCGGAAACACAGAAACCGCUUUGGAGCUACAAGACCAAGUACCCAGAAUGGGCCCUGGAGCCUCAUCGCCAAUACAUGGAGAUGGCCGUUAAAGAGGCUGACAAGUGCGGGCCAACAAAGACUGCGUUCAGCGUUGGUGCCGUUCUUGUCCAUGGGGACCAAGUCCUCUCCACGGGCUACUCGAGGGAGCUGCCAGGAAACACUCAUGCAGAGCAAUGUGCCCUGAUCAAAUACUCCCAAGCGCAUCCGGACUGCCCCAGCGUAGUUCCCGUGGGGACAUUGCUCUACACGACGAUGGAGCCGUGCUCCUUCAGGCUCAGUGGCAACGAGCCAUGCUGUGAUAGGAUCCUAGCCACCAACGGAGCCAUUGGCACUGUCUUCGUGGGCGUCAUGGAGCCGGACACGUUCGUCAAGGACAACACCAGUCUGAACAAACUGGAGUCGCACGGCGUGGACUACAUCCAGAUCCCAGGCUACGAGCAAGAAUGUACCACCAUCGCCUUCAAGGGCCACAACGACGUCUAG